GCUACCUUCGGGCCCUCACCGCUAUCUACUCGAGGUGCUCCAAUAUCCCUAUCGGUCGCAUUAGGCAAAAUGGAAUUGCCCCCCAAGAUCGAAGUUGACCUCGAGUCCAAUGUGAGAUACGAAUACGACCCCUGGUUGUUGGACGACCACCCACUUCGCUCAUAUCCCACCGAGUGUAUUCCCGGUCUGGGUGCCAUUAUCGCAGAGGCAUAUACCUCCGUACAAAAUCGUUGGAAAGAGUGCUUGCUGCGCGCUGUUUGCCUGGUUAUCGCAUGUUUUGCCGCUUUCCAAUGUCUUCAAUAUGUCCCAUCCUUGGGUGAAGGCCUCGCCCACCAGAGGUCCCGUCUCAGCCCUCGCGACUGGGAAGUGAAAUGCACUUUCCCCUAUUCGGAUCCUCGCCCAAGUGCUCUCACGCAAUCCGUCGCUGCCGGCUGCGAUGGUUUCCGUACCGAUAUUUGGCUAGACGGCCAUGGUCUUCAGAUGGGUCCUGUUGGCUCAGAGCCGAAAGUGGAUAAUAACCUUCAACUUCGACUCGAUUCGCUAUUCGCGCGCCUGCAGCGCCGCGAUCUCUCCGAUCCUUUGCAAACCCCCUUGGACACCGAAAAACCGACUGAGUUGAUCAAGGCGACACCAACCGAGUCUUUUUUCCUUGUCCUCGAUGCGCAGUCUCCUCUCCGGGAAGUCCUCGGUUUGCUGCUUCCACAGCUUGAAACCCUGCGCCAACGAGGAUAUUUGACCACCUGGGAUGGUGCGCAGGUGAUUCCGGGCCCAGUGACUGUAAUUGUUACAGGAGAGACCGCACCGGAAUGCCUUGCCGUUGAAUCAUCCGAUAUCUUCUGGUCUUUGAGCGAUAGUAUUUCCCGGGUUGAUGUUACGAAUGAUCAUCUGAUCCCGAUGUGUGUCGAAUGA